AUGACGACCCCUGACCGAAGCGGCGCGCCGGAAGACAUCGGCCUGCUCGAGAUCUUCGGUGGACCCGCUUCCACCUUCACGCGCUCGAUCAAGCUCGGUCUACACGAACUCGGGAUCCACUUCAUCGAGGUCAACCGCGCCCCGCACUCGGAGGAUAUCAAGUCUCGCAACCCCUACGGUCUGCUUCCCGUGCUCGUGCAUCGUCCUGACGGCCUCUACACCAAGCCGGACGACAUUGUGACGCUGUACGAGUCCAACGCGAUCCGUCGGUACAUUGACGAGUACCUUGCUCCCAUCGCUGCGCACUCUCCCAAGGGCUUGCGACAACUCACACCCGCCCUGCUUUCCUCGGGCGGCACGGUGGAUGCAGCCACAGUCAUCCUGAGGGCGAGACUUGACGGCUUCGUGUCGAGCUUCUCGCAGACCAUCUUCCCAGCUCUGGAGGGCGGCUUCAUCAAACCGGCGGCACAGAUGAAGAAGAACGGCGCCGACAUCGAGACGAUCAACGUCGCCCUCGAACCAGGCCUCACGCGCACUCACUCGUUGCUUGAGAUCGUCGAGUCGCAAGCCAAGUCGCACAACUCCGCUAAGAGCGCCGGCUGGAUCCUCGGCGGCGAGAGCACCGAUGUCACCUGGGCCGACCUCUUCCUGUUCCCCAUCCUGGACGACUUGCGAGCCAGCCCCGCUGGGCAGCUCGUCAGCGGAGACAGCCCCACCUUCCCUUGGCUGGCCGACUGGCUCAACAGGAUGGACGCCAGACCGAGUGUCAAGAUCACCCAUGAGGGGACCGUUGCUCACCAGGCUGGCAGGAAGCCUUAA